GGGGCGUGGCCGGGCCGGGGAGGAAGGCCAGGCGGCCGGAGAGGAGAGGCGAGAAGCGGGCAGAGAGGCGCCUUCCGUCCCCUUCCCUUCUGUCCCGAAGAGAGCCAAAGGCGAUCCGUCCGAAGGGAGGAGACCCCGCUCGGCGCAGAGAUGGCCUUUGUCUCCACGCAAGGGCCCACGGUGGUCGACCAGACCACGCUGAUGAAGAAAUACCUCCAGUUCGUGGCCGCCCUCACGGACGUCAACACGCCCGAUGAAACCAAGCUGAAGAUGAUGCAAGAAGUCAGUGAAAAUUUCGAGAACGUGACCUCGUCCCCGCAGUAUUCCACCUUCCUGGAGCACAUCAUCCCGCGCUUCCUCACCUUCCUCCAGGACGGGGAGGUGCAGUUCCUGCAGGAGAAGCCGGCACAGCAACUCAGGAAGUUGGUCCUGGAGAUAAUCCACCGGAUCCCGACCAACGAGCACCUUCGCCCACACACAAAGAACAUCCUGUCCGUGAUGUUCAGGUUUCUAGAGACGGAGAACGAAGAAAACGUCCUGAUUUGCUUGAGAAUCAUCAUCGAGCUGCACAAACAGUUCCGGCCUCCCAUCACCCAAGAGAUUCAUCAUUUUUUGGAUUUUGUGAAGCAGAUUUACAAAGAACUCCCUAAAGUGGUGAAUCGCUACUUCGAGAACCCGCAGGUCAUCCCCGAAAACACGGUCCCCACCCCGGAGAUGGUGGGCAUGAUCACCACUAUCGUCGUGAAGGUCAACCCCGAACGGGACGACAGCGAGACCAGGACGCAUUCGAUCAUCCCGCGAGGCUCCCUCUCCCUGAAGGUCCUGGCCGAGCUGCCCAUCAUUGUCGUCCUCAUGUAUCAGCUAUACAAACUGAACAUCCACAACGUGGUGGCUGAAUUCGUGCCCUUGAUCAUGAAUACGAUUAUUAUCCAGGUGUCCACGCAAGCAAGGCAGCACAAACUCUACAACAAAGAGCUGUACGCGGACUUCAUCGCCGCACAGAUCAAAACGUUAUCCUUCUUGGCUUACAUCAUCCGAAUUUACCAGGAGUUGGUGGCCAAGUAUUCGCAGCAGAUGGUGAAAGGGAUGUUGCAGCUGUUGUCAAACUGUCCUGCCGAGACGGCUCACCUGAGGAAGGAGCUCCUCAUUGCAGCCAAGCACAUUCUCACCACGGAUUUGAGGAGCCAGUUCAUCCCAUGCAUGGACAAGCUGUUUGACGAAUCCAUCCUCAUCGGCUCUGGAUACACGGCCCGCGAAACUCUGAGGCCCCUCGCCUACAGCACGCUGGCGGAUCUGGUCCAUCACGUCCGGCAGCACUUGCCGCUCAACGACCUCUCUCUCGCCGUCCAGUUAUUUGCCAAGAACAUCGACGACGAGUCCUUGCCCAGCAGCAUCCAGACCAUGUCGUGCAAGCUCCUGCUGAACCUGGUGGAUUGCAUCCGCUCCAAGAGCGAGCAGGAAAACGGAAACGGGCGAGACAUCCUCAUGCGCAUGUUGGAGGUCUUUGUCCUGAAAUUCCACACCAUCGCCCGCUACCAGCUGUCCCUCAUCUUCAAGAAGUGCAAGCCGCAGUCGGAGCUGGGGGCGGCGGAGGCGGCCUUGCCGGGCGUCCCGCCGGGGGGAAGCUCCGCCCCCGCCCCGCCCCCUCCCCCGCCCCCCCCCUCCGCGGCCCCCCCGGCGACCCCGGGCCCCGCCUUUGAGAAGCAAGGCGAGAAGGAGAAGGAGGACAAGCAGACCUUCCAAGUCACCGACUGCCGGAGCCUGGUCAAGACCCUGGUCUGCGGCGUCAAGACCAUCACCUGGGGCAUCACCUCCUGCAAAGCACCCGGCGAAGCACAGUUCAUUCCCAAUAAGCAGCUGCAACCGAAAGAGACCCAGAUUUACAUCAAGCUGGUCAAAUAUGCCAUGCAGGCCUUGGAUAUUUAUCAGGUUCAGAUAGCUGGAAACGGGCAGACGUACAUCCGGGUGGCCAACUGCCAGACGGUCCGGAUGAAAGAGGAGAAGGAGGUCCUGGAGCACUUUGCCGGCGUCUUCACCAUGAUGAACCCCUUGACUUUCAAGGAGAUCUUCCAGACGACCGUCCCGUACAUGGUGGAACGCAUCUCGAAGAACUACGCCCUCCAGAUUGUGGCCAAUUCCUUCCUGGCCAACCCAACGACUUCGGCUCUUUUUGCAACCAUCCUGGUGGAAUACCUUCUGGACCGGCUGCCCGAAAUGGGCUCCAACGUGGAGCUGUCCAACCUGUACCUCAAGCUCUUCAAGCUGGUCUUCGGCUCCGUCUCGCUCUUUGCGGCCGAGAACGAACAGAUGCUGAAGCCGCACCUGCACAAGAUCGUGAACAGCUCCAUGGAGCUGGCCCAGACGGCCAAGGAGCCCUACAACUACUUCCUGCUGCUCCGGGCGCUCUUCCGGUCCAUCGGCGGAGGGAGCCACGACCUCCUCUACCAGGAGUUCCUCCCUUUGCUGCCAAACUUACUCCAAGGUCUGAACAUGCUGCAGAGCGGCCUGCACAAGCAGCACAUGAAGGACCUCUUUGUGGAGCUUUGCCUCACCGUCCCGGUCCGGCUGAGCUCCCUCCUGCCCUACUUGCCCAUGCUGAUGGAUCCGCUGGUCUCGGCCCUGAACGGCUCCCAGACGCUGGUCAGCCAAGGCCUGCGGACCCUCGAGCUGUGCGUGGACAACCUGCAGCCGGACUUCCUCUACGACCACAUCCAGCCCGUGCGCGCAGAGCUCAUGCAGGCCUUGUGGCGGACGCUGCGCAACCCGGCUGAGACCAUCUCCCACGUGGCCUAUCGCGUGCUGGGCAAGUUUGGCGGCAGCAACCGGAAGAUGCUGAAGGAGUCGCAGAAGCUGCAGUACAUCGUGACAGAGAUCCAAGGGCCCAGCAUCACCGCCGAGUUCUCCGACUGCAAGGCCUCCAUCCAGCUCCCCAUGGAGAAGGCCAUUGAGACGGCCUUGGACUGCUUGAAGAGCGCCAACACGGAGCCGUAUUACCGGAGACAGGCCUGGGAGGUGAUCAAGUGCUUCCUGGUGGCCAUGAUGAGCCUGGACGACAACAAGCACGCCUUGUAUCAGCUCCUUGCCCAUCCCAAUUUCACGGAGAAGUCCAUUCCCAGUGUGAUCAUUUCCCACCGGUACAAAGCCCAAGACACGCCGGCGCGCAAGACCUUCGAGCAAGCGCUGACCGGGGCGUUCAUGUCGGCCGUGAUCAAGGACCUGCGCCCCAGCGCGCUCCCCUUCGUGGCCAGCCUUAUCCGCCAUUACACCAUGGUGGCCGUGGCACAGCAGUGCGGUCCGUUCCUGCUGCAGUGCUACCAGGUGGGGAGCCAGCCCAGCACGGCCAUGUUCCACAGCGAGGAGAACGGGUCCAAAGGCAUGGACCCCUUGGUGCUGAUCGACGCCAUCGCCAUCUGCAUGGCCUACGAGGAGAAGGAGCUCUGCAAGAUCGGGGAGGUCGCCCUGGCCGUCAUCUUCGACGUCGCCAGCAUCAUCCUGGGCUCCAAGGAAAGGGCUUGUCAGCUGCCCUUGUUCUCGUACAUCGUGGAGCGCCUGUGCGCCUGCUGCUAUGAGCAGGCCUGGUACGCCAAGCUGGGCGGCGUGGUGUCCAUCAAGUUCCUCAUGGAGCGGCUGCCUCUCAUCUGGGUCCUCCAGAACCAGCAGACCUUCCUCAAAGCCCUGCUUUUCGUCAUGAUGGACCUCACCGGAGAGGUGUCGAACGGCGCUGUGGCCAUGGCCAAAACCACGCUGGAGCAGCUCCUGAUCCGUUGUGCGACUCCACUGAAGGAUGAGGAGAAGGCGGAGGACAUCCUGGCCGCCCAGGAAAAGUCCUUCCACCACGUCACCCACGACCUGGUCCGCGAGGUCACCUCCCCCAACUCCACCGUGCGCAAGCAAGCCAUGCACUCCUUGCAGGUCCUGGCGCAAGUCACCGGGAAGAGCGUCACCGUCAUCAUGGAGCCGCACAAAGAGGUGCUCCAAGACAUGGUUCCUCCGAAGAAGCACCUGCUUCGGCACCAGCCUGCGAACGCCCAGAUUGGCUUGAUGGAGGGGAACACGUUCUGCACCACGCUGCAGCCCCGGCUCUUCACCAUGGACCUCAAUGUGGUGGAACACAAGGUCUUUUAUACAGAGCUUCUGAAUUUGUGUGAGGCCGAAGACAGCGCCUUGAUGAAGCUGCCUUGCUACAAGAGCCUCCCCUCCCUGGUCCCGCUCCGCAUUGCUGCGCUGAAUGCCUUAGCCGCUUGCAAUUACUUGCCUCAGUCGAGAGAGAAAAUCAUUGCUGCUCUGUUCAAGGCACUUAACUCAACAAACAAUGAACUCCAGGAGGCCGGAGAGGCCUGCAUGAGGAAGUUUCUGGAAGGCGCGACCAUCGAGGUGGACCAGAUCCACACGCACAUGAGGCCACUGCUGAUGAUGCUGGGCGACUACCGGAGCCUGACGCUCAACGUGGUGAACCGGCUGACCUCGGUGACCAGGCUCUUCCCAAACUCCUUCAACGACAAGUUCUGCGACCAAAUGAUGCAACACUUGCGUAAAUGGAUGGAAGUCGUUGUCAUUACUCACAAGGGAGGACAGAGGAGUGAUGGAAACGAGAGCAUUUCCGAGUGCGGGAGAUGUUCCUUGUCUCCAUUCUCUCAGUUUGAGCCUGCCAUGGAAGGGGUAGAGGAAAUGAAGAUUUGCUCGGCCAUUAUAAACCUAUUCCAUCUGAUCCCGGCUGCUCCUCAGACGCUCGUUAAGCCCUUGCUCGAAGUUGUGAUGAAAACGGAACGGGCCAUGCUGAUCGAGGCUGGCAGUCCCUUCAGAGAGCCAUUAAUAAAGUUUCUGACGCGCCACCCUUCUCAGACGGUGGAGCUGUUUAUGAUGGAAGCCACCUUGAACGACCCACAGUGGAGCAGAAUGUUUAUGAGUUUUUUGAAACAUAAAGAUGCGAAACCUCUGCGCGACGUCCUGGCCGCCAACCCCAACCGCUUCAUCACGCUGUUGUUGCCCGGCGGUACUCAAGCGGCCGUCCGGCCGGGCUCUCCCAGCACCAGCACCAUGCGGCUCGACCUCCAGUUUCAGGCCAUCAAGAUAAUAAGCAUCAUAGUGAAGAACGACGAGUGCUGGCUGGCCAACCAGCACUCCCUGGUGAGCCAGCUGCGGCGCGUCUGGGUCAGCGAAGCCUUCCAGGAGCGGCACCGGAAGGAAAACAUGGCCGCCACCAACUGGAAGGAGCCCAAACUCCUGGCCUAUUGCCUGUUGAAUUAUUGCAAGAGGAAUUACGGGGACAUCGAGCUGCUCUUCCAGCUGCUCCGGGCCUUCACGGGCCGCUUCCUCUGCAACAUGACCUUCCUGAAGGAGUACAUGGAGGAGGAGAUCCCCAAGAACUACACGAUCGCCCAGAAGCGGGCCCUCUUCUUCCGCUUUGUCGACUUUGCCGACCCCAACUUUGGAGAUGAGCUGAAGGCCAAGGUCCUGCAACACAUUCUGAACCCAGCGUUCUUGCACAGUUUUGAAAAAGGGGAAGGAGAGCAGCUGCUGGGCCCCCCCAACCCGGAAGGAGACAACCCCGAAAGCAUCACCAGCGUCUUCAUCACAAAGGUUCUCGACCCCGAGAAGCAAGCAGACAUGCUGGACUCUCUCCGGAUCUACCUCCUGCAGUUUGCAACGCUCUUGGUGGAGCACGCCCCGCACCACAUCCACGACAACAACAAGAACCGCAACAGCAAACUGCGGCGACUCAUGACCUUUGCUUGGCCAUGCCUGCUCUCCAAGGCCUGCGUGGACCCGGCCUGCAAGUACAGCGGGCACCUGCUCCUGGCGCACAUCAUCGCCAAGUUCGCCAUCCACAAGAAAAUCGUGUUGCAGGUCUUCCACAGCCUCCUGAAGGCUCACGCCAUGGAAGCGCGGGCCAUUGUGAGGCAAGCCAUGGCGAUCCUGACGCCCGCGGUCCCGGCCCGGAUGGAGGACGGUCACCAGAUGUUGACCCACUGGACGAGGAAGAUCAUCGUGGAAGAGGGCCACACCGUCCCACAGCUCGUCCACAUUUUGCACUUAAUUGUCCAGCACUUCAAGGUUUACUACCCGGUGAGACACCACUUGGUGCAGCACAUGGUGAGCGCCAUGCAGAGGCUGGGCUUCACCCCCAGCGUCACCAUCGAGCAGAGGAAGCUGGCCGUGGAUCUGGCAGAAGUGGUCAUCAAGUGGGAAUUGCAGCGCAUCAAAGACCAACAACCUGAUUCUGACAUGGAUCCGGGGUCCAGCGGUGAGGGGUCGGGUUCGGCCUCGGCGGGGGUCAAGAGGGGCCUCUCGGUCGAUUCUGGCCAAGAAGUGAAGCGUUUCCGGACUGCGACGGGUGGCAUCAGCGCUGUAUUUGGGCGCAGCCAGUCCUUGCCGGGAGCGGAUGCCCUCCUGUCGAAGCCCAUUGACAAGCAGCACACGGACACCGUCAUCAACUUCCUGAUUCGGAUUGCCUGCCAGGUAAACGACAACUCGAACACGGCUGGCUCUCCGGGAGAACUGCUUUCCCGGCGCUGCGUCAACCUCCUGAAGACGGCUCUGCGUCCAGACAUGUGGCCCAAAUCGGAGCUCAAACUGCAGUGGUUUGAUAAGCUUUUAAUGACUGUGGAGCAGCCCAACCAGGCCAACUUUGCCAAUAUCUGCACCGGCCUGGAAGUCCUCAGCUUCCUCCUGACCGUCUUGCAGUCUCCGGCGAUUCUGAGCAGCUUCAAGCCCUUGCAGCGCGGAAUCGCCUCUUGCAUGACGUGCGGGAACACCAAGGUCCUGAGAGCCGUCCACACUUUGCUGUCGCGCCUGAUGAGCAACUUCCCGACAGAACCAAGUACCUCGAGCGUUGCCUCCAAGUACGAAGAACUCGAGUGUCUUUACGCGGCCGUCGGGAAGGUUAUUUACGAAGGACUUACUAAUUAUGAGAAAGCAACGAAUGCCAACCCUUCUCAACUUUUUGGCACCUUGAUGAUUUUGAAGUCGGCCUGCAGCAACAACCCCAGCUACAUCGACAGGUUGAUUUCGGUCUUCAUGAGGUCCCUCCAGAAGAUGGUGCGGGAACACUUGAACCAGCAGUCGCAAGCCGGGACUCCCGAAGCAAACACAGCUGGCACGAGUGAACUGGUGAUGCUGAGCUUGGAUUUGGUGAAAACCCGCCUGGCGGUGAUGAGCAUGGAAAUGAGGAAGAACUUCAUCCAAGCCAUCCUGACCUCGCUCAUUGAGAAAUCCAACGACGCCAAAAUCCUCCGGGCUGUGGUGAAGAUCGUGGAAGAGUGGGUGAAGAACAACUCCUCCUUGGCUGCGAACCAGACGCCCACCCUCCGAGAGAAGUCCAUUCUGCUGGUGAAGAUGAUGACCUACAUGGAGAAACGUUUCCCGGAGGACCUUGAAUUAAACGCCCAGUUCUUAGACCUUGUUAACUAUGUCUACAGGGAUGAAAGCCUUUCCGGGAGCGAGCUGACGGCGAAGCUGGAGCCGGCCUUCCUGUCGGGGCUUCGGUGUGCUCAGCCUCUCAUCAGAGCCAAAUUCUUCGAGGUUUUCGACAAUUCCAUGAAGCGCCGCGUCUACGAGCGCCUGCUUUACAUCACCUGCUCCCAGAACUGGGAGGCAAUGGGAAACCAUUUUUGGAUCAAGCAGUGCAUCGAGCUUCUGUUGGCUGUGUGUGAACGAAACACAACCAUCGGGACCAGUUGCCAAGGCGCCAUGCUGCCGUCCAUCACGAACGUGAUCAACCUUGCGGAUAGUCACGACCGGGCCGCGUUUGCAAUGGUGACCCACGUCAAGCAAGAGCCCCGCGAAAGAGAAAACAGCGAGUCCAAGGAAGAGGACGUGGAGAUCGACAUCGAGCUGGCUCCGGGGGACCAGGCGAGCACCCCCAAGACCAAGGAGCUUUCCGAGAAGGACAUCGGCAACCAGCUGCACAUGCUGACCAACCGGCACGACAAAUUCCUGGACUCCCUGCGAGAAGUGAAGACGGGUGCGCUGCUGAGUGCCUUUGUGCAGCUCUGCCACAUCUCCACCCCGUUGGCCGAGAAGACCUGGAUCCAGCUGUUCUCCAGGUUGUGGAAGAUCUUGUCCGAUAGGCAGCAGCAUGCGCUGGCGGGGGAGAUCAGCCCGUUCCUGUGCAGCGGGAGCCACCAGGCGCAGCGCGACUGCCAGCCGAGCGCGCUGAACUGCUUUGUGGAGGGCCUGUCGCAGUGCGUGCCGCCCAUCCCCAUCCGGCCCUGCGUGCUCAAGUACCUGGGCAAGACCCACAACCUCUGGUUCCGCUCCACGCUCAUGCUGGAGCACCAGGCCUUCGAGAAGGGCCUCAGCCUCCAGAUCAAGCCCAAGCAGAGCGCCGCCGAGUUCUACGAGCAGGAGAGCAUCACCCCGCCCCAGCAGGAGAUCCUCGACUCCCUGGCGGAGCUGUACUCCUUGCUGCAGGAGGAGGACAUGUGGGCCGGCCUCUGGCAGAAGCGCUGCAAGUUCCCAGAGACGGCGACUGCCAUUGCUUACGAACAGCAUGGCUUCUUUGAACAGGCUCAGGAGACUUACGAAAAAGCCAUGGAGAAAGCCAAGAAGGAGCACGACAGAAACAAUGCUUCCCCUGCUAUUUUCCCUGAGUAUCAACUUUGGGAGGACCACUGGAUUCGGUGCUCCAAAGAGUUGAACCAGUGGGAAGCGCUGACCGAGUACGGGCAGUCGAAGGGCCACAUCAACCCCUACCUGGUCCUGGAGUGUGCCUGGCGCGUCUCCAACUGGACGGCCGUGAAGGAGGCCUUGGUGCAGGUGGAGCUGAGCUGCCCCAAGGAGAUGGCCUGGAAGGUGAACAUGUACCGGGGCUUCUUGGCCAUCUGCCACCCAGAAGAGCAGCAGCUGAACUUCAUUGAGCGCCUGGUGGAGAUGGCCAGCGGGUUGGCCAUCCGCGAAUGGCGGAGGCUCCCCCAGGUGGUCUCCCACGUCCACACGCCCCUCCUACAGGCAGCACAACAGAUCAUUGAACUCCAAGAAGCCGCCCAGAUCAACGCGGGGCUGCAGCCGGCCAACCUGGGCCGCAACAACAGCCUGCACGACAUGAAGACGGUGGUGAAGACCUGGCGGAACCGGCUGCCCAUCGUCUCGGACGACCUGUCCCACUGGAGCAGCAUUUUCAUGUGGCGGCAGCAUCACUACCAGGCCAUCGUGGGUGCGUACCACAACAGCUCUCAGCACGAUCCCAGUUCCAACAACGCCAUGCUGGGGGUCCAUGCUUCGGCCUCGGCCAUCAUCCAGUACGGGAAGAUCGCCCGGAAGCAAGGCCUGGUCAACGUGGCCCUCGACAUCCUGACUCGCAUCCACACCAUCCCAACGGUCCCGAUCGUGGAUUGCUUCCAGAAGAUCCGGCAGCAAGUCAAGUGCUACCUGCAGCUGGCCGGAGUCCUGGGCAAAAACGAAUGCAUGCAGGGCCUGGAGGUCAUUGAGUCAACGAACCUGAAGUAUUUCACUAAGGAGAUGACGGCCGAGUUCUACGCAUUGAAGGGGAUGUUCUUGGCUCAGAUCAACAAGUCCGAGGAGGCCAACAAAGCCUUCUCGGCGGCCGUCCAGAUGCACGACGUGCUGGUGAAGGCCUGGGCCAUGUGGGGAGACUACCUGGAGAACAUCUUCGUCAAGGAGCGACAGCUGCACCUCGGCGUCUACGCCAUCACCUGCUACCUGCACGCCUGCCGCCACCAGAACGAAAGCAAGUCCAGGAAGUAUCUGGCCAAAGUCCUUUGGCUGCUCAGCUUCGACGACGACAAGAACACGCUGGCGGAUGCGGUGGACAAGUACUGCAUUGGCGUCCCCCCGAUCCAGUGGCUGGCCUGGAUCCCACAGCUGCUGACCUGCUUGGUUGGGUCCGAGGGCAAGCUGCUCUUGAACCUUAUCAGCCAGGUUGGGCGUGUCUACCCGCAAGCGGUCUACUUCCCCAUCCGAACCCUUUACUUGACGCUGAAGAUCGAGCAGCGGGAACGCUACAAAAGCGAUUCGGGGCAGCAGCAGCCGAGUUCUGUGGGGAGCCAGUCCCACUCGGCUUCGGACCCGGGCCCCAUCCGCGCCACCGCACCCAUGUGGCGCUGCAGCCGCAUCAUGCACAUGCAGCGGGAAUUGCACCCCACGCUCCUCUCCUCGCUCGAGGGCAUCGUGGACCAGAUGGUCUGGUUCAGAGAAAACUGGCACGAGGAGGUCCUUCGGCAGCUGCAGCAGGGUCUGGCCAAGUGCUACUCAGUGGCCUUCGAGAAGAGCGGCGCCGUUUCGGACGCCAAGAUCACUCCGCACACCCUCAACUUCGUCAAGAAGCUGGUCAGCACCUUUGGCGUCGGCCUGGAGAACGUCUCCAACGUCUCCACCAUGUUCUCCAGUGCGGCCUCCGAGUCCCUGGCCCGGCGAGCUCAGGCCACGGCCCAGGACCCCGUCUUCCAGAAACUCAAAGGCCAGUUCACCACCGACUUCGACUUCAGCGUGCCGGGCUCCAUGAAGCUCCACAACCUCAUUUCGAAGCUGAAGAAGUGGAUCAAGAUCCUGGAGGCGAAGACCAAGCAGCUGCCCAAGUUCUUCCUCAUUGAGGAGAAGUGCCGCUUCCUGAGCAACUUCUCCGCCCAGACGGCCGAGGUGGAGAUUCCCGGGGAGUUCCUCAUGCCGAAGCCCACCCACUACUACAUCAAGAUAGCACGCUUUAUGCCCAGGGUGGAGAUCGUCCAAAAGCACAACACGGCCGCCCGAAGGCUCUAUAUCCGGGGCCACAACGGGAAGAUCUACCCCUACCUGGUCAUGAACGACGCCUGCCUGACCGAGUCGCGCAGGGAAGAGCGGGUCCUGCAGCUCCUCCGCCUCCUGAACCCGUGCCUGGAGAAGAGGAAGGAGACCACCAAGAGGCACCUCUUCUUCACAGUCCCCCGAGUGGUGGCGGUCUCUCCACAGAUGCGCCUGGUGGAAGACAACCCUUCCUCGCUCUCUCUUGUGGAGAUCUACAAGCAGCGUUGCGCCAAGAAGGGGAUCGAGCACGACAGCCCCAUCUCACGCUACUACGACAGGCUGGCCACUGUCCAAGCGCGAGGGACCCAGGCCAGCCACCAGGUCCUCCGUGACAUCCUGAAAGAAGUGCAGGGCAACAUGGUGCCACGCAGCAUGCUGAAGGAAUGGGCACUGCACACUUUCCCAAAUGCCACCGACUACUGGACGUUCCGGAAAAUGUUCACCAUCCAACUCGCCCUGAUUGGCUUUGCAGAAUUCGUUUUCCACUUGAAUCGGCUGAACCCUGAGAUGCUUCAGAUUGCACAGGAUACUGGCAAGCUGAAUGUGGCCUACUUCCGGUUCGAUAUCAACGACGCCACCGGGGACCUGGAUGCCAACCGCCCCGUUCCGUUCCGACUCACGCCAAACAUUUCGGAGUUCCUCACCACCAUCGGCGUGUCCGGCCCACUCACCGCCUCUAUGAUUGCCGUCGCACGCUGUUUCGCGCAGCCAAACUUCAAGGUGGACGGCAUCCUGAAGACGGUUCUGCGGGACGAAAUCAUUGCCUGGCACAAGAAGACCCAGGAGGACACCUCUUCGCCACUCUCGGCGGCCGGGCAGCCGGAGAACAUGGACAGCCAGCAGCUGGUGUCACUGGUCCAGAAAGCGGUGACGGCCAUCGUGACACGGUUGCACAACCUGGCGCAGUUCGAAGGUGGCGAGAGCAAGGUCAACACGCUGGUGGCAGCCGCAAAUAGCCUGGACAACCUCUGCCGCAUGGACCCCGCCUGGCACCCCUGGCUCUAGCGAGAUGAGAAAACAUGGCCGGCUUGGCCUCCGUCGCUCCUCCAUCUCCAUCCAUCUCCAUCCCACCUUCUCGGCCCGUUUGUUUGGUGUUCUCAUGUUUACAAUCGUGCCUCGAUAUUCCCGUGACGCCUUUCUCAUUGUUUUGCAUGCUUCAGCGCGUGGGAAAUAUCGGGAACUUCUCAGAGCAAUUGCGUUUUUUUUUAUACCAGAAGGGAGAAUCCUGAUCCAAUUUCUCCAGGUAUUAUGUGAACUCGUUUUUUUUUUUUUUUUUUACAAAAAUGUGAAAUUGUUGUUAUUAUUAUUGUUUUAGGUGUUUCCUCCAUGGUUUUCCUUUCGAGGGGUACAAACACCGAUCAACAUACCAUUUUUAAACCGCUCAGAAACAUACUGAGUCAAAGUGGGAUUGUAUACAAAGUUGUAUACAAAACAAAAUACAAAAUUGUAUAUAAAAUUGUAUACAAAAUCAAAUACAAAAUUGGAUACAAAAUCAUUUUUGUGACUCGUUGGAAGCUACAGAUCAAAUUCUACCAGAACAAGAAAAAAGUUGUGUGGUUUUUGGGAGGCAUUUUUUUGCAGUCUGGUUUAGUGAAAAAGGGAUAUGACAGAAGUGCAUUUGCCACCCAGACAGAAGACCCAGUCCAGCAAAAAUCAACGAUUAUGUAUUGUAGAGUGGGAUCCUUCCUUUUUCGCCCUUCUCCCCUUUCCCCCGUUUUUCUGUUUCACCCAUUUCAACCCGUGUCGUUUCUACGCCCUUGCAGUGUUGAGAAUGUCCGAGUUCCGAUUUGUACAGAGCCAACUGUUUUUCAAAAUAAAUAAUUUUCUAAACUG